CUGUCAUUCGGAUCUUCAUAUGGCCAAGAAUGAAUGGGGCUUAACUCAGUUUCCAAUUGUUCCUGGGCACGAGAUCACCGGCAUGGUCACAGAGGUCGGUAGCAAGGUGGAGAAAUUCAAGGUCGGGGACAAAGUCGGAGUUGGAGGCAUGGUUGGAUCGUGUCGUGAGUGUGAUCAAUGUGCCAUCGAUCUUGAGAAUUACUGUUCAAAAUAUAUACUCACAUACAGUUCCCGUAACACUGAUGGAACUGUUACAUAUGGAGGUUACUCUGACAAAAUUGUUGCUGACGAGCACUUUGUUAUUCGUUGGCCGGAGAACUUGCCUCUUGAUGCCGGUGCUCCUCUCUUAUGUGCCGGGAUUACAACUUACAGCCCCUUGAAG